AUCAGGUUACCAUAAGGAAAUUCAGUGUGAUUUGGGUAGAUCGUUUACCAGUGAACUUACAUCUGAGUUUUUUAGCAAGUUCGGAAUUAAGGUGUAUCAUUCUUCUGUGUGUCACCCUCAAAGCAAUUCUGUUGAAAGGUUGCAUUCCACCUUGAAAAGGGUAUUGAAGGCUUUGUGCUUGGAAAGCGGGAAGGACUGGGAAGAAUGUUUGCCAUGUGCUUUGUUCGCCCUCAGAACUGUUAGCCAUGAGAGCACAGGUUUUAGUCCCUGCGAGUUAGUACAUGGAAAAAAUUUGAGAAUGCCUCAAACGAUUGUGUAUGAAAACUGGCUAGAGGAAGAAAGUUCAGACCCCACUGUGGUCGAGUAUGUUCUAGACUUAAUAGACAGAUUAAAGAAGUGUCAGGAGCUGGCUGUAGAGAGGAUGAAAGAGUGUCAGAGUAAAAGGAAACUCUGGUAUGAUCGCAACGCUGUUACGAGAAGGUUUAAGGUCGGAGAUCUCGUGCUUGUUUUAGCCACGUCUAAACCACACAAAAUGGCUCUGAACUGGAUAGAGCCAGGUAAAGUAACUAGUGUGAUUUCCGAAACCAAUUAUACGGUAGAGAUUCCGGGUAAGCGUAGCAGUGACACCAUUUAUCACGUAAAUUUGAUGAAACCUUAUUAUCAGCGCCCCGAGUUUGUGAAUCUUGUGAUGGAGGAGGUCAUGGAAGAUAUUGAGGGAGAAGUGGAUAUUCCUUAUCCCUUGGCUGAUCCAACUCAGGUAGAUUUUUGGAAAAUAGUUGGAGAUAGUAAGCUAGAAGAAAGAGCUUCGGCAGAGGAAAUAGGAAAAUUCCAAGAAGUUAUAAGGAAGUAUGGAGCAAGUGUUUUCGUCCGACCCCGGCUGUACGUUUUUGGUUGA